AUGUCCUCCAAGCGCAGCUACGCGGCCUCCGACGUUAACGACGUCGCCGAGCCGCCUCACAAGCGCAGCAGGAAGCCCAACCCGAAGACGCGCGACCACCAGAACGCUUACAUCGACCCGACAUGGGGCCAGAAAUACGUCUUCUCGUCGGCCGCGGGCUCGACGACGGUCCCCGUGGACCCGGAUCUGGACUUCGAGGACGACGCGGAUGCCAUGGCGUAUCUGAAAUCAGUAAGGACGCAAGCAAACGGCAUUCCCCACCUCCUCGUUGCGCCCAAGGUCCCGAUCGGCCCGCAGCUACCCAAAGAGCUACAAAACGAUGACGAUGAAGCUGAAGAAGGCGAGGCCGUCGAGGAGGAUCGCGACAUUUACUCCACCGGCCAGGGCGACUUUAGGGGAUACUAUCAAGACGGCGCAUACAUGGCCCGGCCUGAUAACUGGGUCGAUCACCGCGCCGCCCGCGACCACGACGCAGAGGGCGGCGAAUGGCAAGGCAACGAAGGUAUCUACGACGUUGAUGACGUGGAGGAAGACAAUACGGAUCCCGAAGCGGCUAUUCGCGAGGCCUACUUCGCCGCGAUUCUUUCCAAAUUUAACACCCUCCGCAAGACCCUCCACGCCACACCACCGCCGAACAUCGUGGCCGCCCUCCCGCACACUCACGGCUACCACGUCGGCGCUUUCGGCCCGAAGUCGGGCACCUUUGCCAUCUGGUCGCAGCGCCUGCGCGCCACCGACCCCCACCCGGCGCAAGUGGCGAGCAUGGAUAAGGACGGCGUACUGCGCGUUGUGCGCGUGCUUCUGGGCGGCAGCUUCCUCCGUCGGGGCGCCGAGCUGGGGGAGCGCACAAGCCGCUGGCUGUGGGCGCUGCUCGCGCGGCUUCCGGAGCGCGGGGGGCUAAACCACGCCGAGACCGGGUGGGUGCGGGACCUGGGCCGGCGGGCGGUACUGAUGAUGCAGAGCCUGGCGGACAUGGCAGCGCUGAGAGACGCGCUAGAGGGGGAGGGGAUGGACUUGGGCGUCCACGACGCCGUCGACGAAAGCUCGGACGACGAGGACGCCCUCAGGGAGAUGGAUGUCGAAGAGAGAGACGGGGAGGAGCCGGACGGUGAUGGGAAGCCGGGGGAGGAGACGCCCAUUGCCGCGGCCAAGGUCCCAACCGAGACAACGAAGCUGACUGAGGAGGCUGAUCCCACGCCGAAGAAGCCCGCCGUCGACGACGGCGAGGUCGAAGAUGGGGAGAUCGAUGAGGAUGCUGACGACGACCAAAAGUCCGAGGCGAUGGACGUGUCGGAGGACGGCGAGGUGGACGAGGGCGAGAUCGCGGAGGACCCUCCGGCCCAGACGCUGGAGGAGGCCAGGGCCCGGCUGCUGGCUCAGCUGGACACGGCGGCCGAGGUAGCGCCGUCGGAAGCACCGUCGGAGGAAGCGAUUGCUGAGGUCGAAGACGAGGAGGGGACGGUCGACCAGCUGCGGGCGAGGAUGAACAUGCGGGUGACGCUCACCAUGAUCCUGACGGUCGCCGGCGAGUUCUACGGGCAGCGCGACCUGCUCGAGUUCCGGGACCCCUUCACAGGUAUGUGA